UACGCCAUAUCAAAACUUGGCUUCAACUUCACUCGAUUCUCAUCAGUUCUCCGCUCCGCAGAAAUGGCGAUUUCUAUAGCGGCCGCCACUGUAUGCUCUUUGACUACCAAGCACCAGUACUCGGCGUCGGCUUUUGCUCCUUCAUCCUCAACUAUGCUUUCGCAUUUGUCUUCCUUGCAAUUCCCCAGAGAGCUUCGUUCUCUACCGAUGCGAAUUCACGGGUCGAAAUCUCAGUCGCGGCGAAGAGCUUUUCCUAUUGUUGAAGCAAAGAAGCAAACAUUUUCUUCCUUGGAUGAUUUGCUGGCAAAUUAUGAUAAGCCAAUUCUUGUCGAUUUCUAUGCCACCUGGUGUGGUCCUUGCCAGUUCAUGGUGCCUGUUCUAAAUGAAGUAAGUGAUUCUAUGAAGGAUAAAAUUCAAGUGGUCAAAAUUGACACUGAGAAGUACCCAAGCAUUGCAGAUAAGUAUCAAAUAAAGGCGCUGCCAACAUUCAUUCUCUUCAAGGAUGGAAAACCAUGUGAUCGCUUUGAGGGUGCAUUAGCUGCUAAGCAAUUGAUUGAGCGUAUUGAGUCUGCACUCAGAAGCUAAGCACUAGUCUUUUUUUUUCUUUUUUUUUUUAAAAAAAAAAAAUUUAAAUUCAGUUUUAGGAUUAUUCAUGUAAUAUGUUUUAGUUCCUUCUAUAUUUUCUUUCCUAGUAUAAUUAUAUUUUUACUUUGAGAUUUAACUAAAAUCACUGCCUUCAUUUAGGAUGCAAUUGGAAGUUGGAACGGAACUACUUUGUAUUAAAAUAUCUGUAAUCAAAUUGAAAUUUAAUUUAUGUAGUUUUUUGAAUUAAUUGAA